ACUUGCAAUUUCCUGAACUCCACUUCCCAAUUGUGGGAAAACAAAAAUCAGUAAAACCACUUACCUGAGUUACGAGAGAAGAUGUAUUUGGAUUCGGAUUCGGGUUGUGGGAUGGCGGUGUUGGAUUCGAUCCGCCAGCACUUGCUUGAAGAUCCGACUGGGGGUGACGUUAAGCCCUGCGCGGUGAGCUUACCGCAGAGAAGUUAUUGCCGGACGGCGAGCUUUGGUAGCAUCGUUGCUGAUCACUGGGGGGAGUUGCCGUUCCGAGCUGAUGAUUCCGAUGAUAUGGUGGUCUUUGGUGUUCUCCGAGAUGCUUACAGCCAUGGAUGGCUCCCGUUUGGAGCUGCGGCUGUGGCUGUGGCGCCUGAGGUGAAGAUUGAGCCGGUGGUGGAACCGGAGACGGAGCCGGAGACGAAGUUGGUGAAGAUCGAGAUUCCUUCGGUGGUGCCGGCAAAGGGGAAGCACUAUCGAGGAGUGAGACAACGGCCGUGGGGGAAAUUCGCGGCGGAAAUCAGGGAUCCGGCGAAGAACGGGGCUAGGGUUUGGUUGGGGACGUUUGAGACGGCGGAGGAGGCGGCGAUGGCGUAUGAUCGAGCUGCGUAUCGGAUGCGUGGAUCUCGGGCACUGCUUAAUUUCCCGCUUAGAAUCGCAACGGAGGACGUGACGCCGGUGUCGUCGCCGGGGAAAGAGGCGUCGCCGGAGCCGGCUUCGUCGAGCUCGUCUUCGGAGAAGGGAUCGCCGAAGAGGAGGAAGAGAGGGGAAGCAGCAGCAGCCGCGGCGGCGAUGUUUGGUGGGCCGGUUUCGGCUCCGGCGCCGGUUCAGGCGCAGGCUGGGUUGGGAUUUGGGAAGAGGCAAGAGGUUUUCAGUGGAACAGUGCCGCAGCUGACACGUGUCGGUCAGCUACUGGUGAGUUAAAAUUUAAGGGAAAUUA